CAUGAGCCUGCUGAUGGCCCUGGUGGUGCUGCUCAUCGUGGCCGGCAACGUCCUGGUGAUCGCGGCCAUCGGGCGGACGCAGCGGCUGCAGACCCUCACCACCCUCUUCAUCACCUCGCUGGCCUGCGCCGACCUGGUGAUGGGGCUGCUGGUGGUGCCCUUCGGGGCCACGCUGGUGGUGCGGGGCACCUGGCUCUGGGGAUCCUUCCUCUGCGAGUGCUGGACCUCCCUGGACGUGCUCUGCGUGACGGCCAGCAUCGAGACCUUGUGCGUCAUCGCCAUCGACCGCUACCUGGCCAUCACCUCGCCUUUCCGCUAUCAGAGCCUCAUGACCAAGGGUCGGGCCAAGGGCAUCAUCUGCACCGUCUGGGCCAUCUCCGCCCUGGUCUCCUUCUUGCCCAUCAUGAUGCACUGGUGGCGGGACGAGGACCCCCAAGCCCUGGAGUGCUACCAGGACCCGGGCUGCUGCGACUUCGUCACCAACAGGGCUUACGCCAUCGCCUCGUCCAUCAUUUCUUUCUACAUCCCCCUCCUCAUCAUGAUCUUUGUGUACCUCCGGGUGUACAGAGAGGCCAAGGAGCAGAUCAGGAAGAUCGAUAGGUGCGAGGGCCGGUUCUACGGCAGGCACGAGCAGCCGCAGCCACCCCCUCACCCUCACCACCAGCCCAUCCUCGACAACGGCCGAGCUAGCAAGCGGAAGACCUCCCGCAUCAUGGCCAUGAAGGAGCAGAAAGCCCUCAAGACUUUGGGCAUCAUCAUGGGGGUGUUUACCCUCUGCUGGCUCCCUUUCUUCCUGGUGAACAUCGUCAACGUCUUCAACAGGGACCUGGUGCCAGACUGGCUCUUCGUUUUCUUCAACUGGCUGGGCUACGCCAACUCUGCUUUCAACCCCCUCAUCUACUGCCGCAGCCCCGACUUUCGUAAAGCCUUCAAGAGGCUCCUCUGCUGCCCCCGGAAAGCCGACCGGCGCCUGCAUGCCAGCGGUGGGGAGCUGGCCCGGCUGCCUGGGGGCUUCAUCAGCACCGUGGGCUCCCCCGAGCGCAGCCUGGGAGGGACCUGGUCCGACUGCAACGGGGGCACGCGGGGCGGCAGCGAUUCCAGCCUGGAGGAGAGAAAUAGCAAAACGUCCGAUUCGGAGUCCAAGGAGUACGCGUCUGGGAGUCAGGAGACCAGAAUAUUUAAGAUUACAGAGGAUGCUUCAUUUGAAAGCUAAAAAUGGUCUCAAGUAGAAAGAAAUCUCCUUAUGCGGUGCACGCCACCCCACAACAAAGGCAACAAGACCAAAAGGGUGCACGGAACGGCGACGUCUGACACCAGUGACUGCGGCGAGGUGUUGGCUAUGCAUGUCAGGGUCGUGAAGGGAUGGAAUGGGAUGGGGAGGCAGCGCUGCCAUCCUCCUCCUGUGUGCUGGGGACUGCAGCGAGCGAGGGCAGGGCUGGGUCCCUGCCUGCUAGGUAGGGCAGGGCAGGAUCCAGCCCCAGCGCCUGGCUGGGAGCUGAAGUGGCUGCUGAGCCCUUGUCCUCGGCAGGGUGCUGCAUCCUGGAGAAGAGCAGUGCCUGCCUACUGCAUGGGCAUUGCGCAGGUGGAGUGGUCUGAUGGACUUGGGUCUUUGUCUCAUAAAUCAGUUCACAUACUUAAUUUUAACCAUCCAAACACUCGUGUCCUUAGACUUUAAAAAGUGAUUAAAAUUUUGGCUCAACAGGGUCCUCAGGUGGAAAAUUUAUGGCCAGAAUUUGCUUCGCUUCUCCUGCCGAAUAGCUGCACUGGGUCAUGCUUCCCUGGAAAAGUGUAAUGGCAUGAAGAAGGGGAAAGGUAGGAUGAGUUUUGCCUGCUGGCCUCAGCAGGGCCAAGCUGUGUGAGCAAAGUGGUGAGGAUUUGUCUGCUGUUGAGUUUUGGCCAGUCAAGGACCUGCUGGAAGCGUCUGGAGGCUGGCACGUUGAGUCCCUUCAUAGAGAGCUAAGGUAAUCCACCUGGCAGUGUGGAUGGCGGAUGCCAGGCCAUCUUGCACGGUGUAAAGAGGAUGGUGGGACAGUAACGGUGCGGACAGAGCAGGACAUAUGGCACACACGUGUGCGAGGAAGGGGAGGCUGCUGGCGAGCAGUCUGCCGUGGAUCACGCUCAGAACAGGCUGUUCUCCACGGAGAAGAAGGAUACUCUGAAAAGUGUUACGGGGCAGCUGAAAUACUCUGGAGGCAAUGAGUCACUCAGGAUGAAUAUUUUUUUCUGACGAAAACCAGACAUGGAUUAGCAACUGGAGCUGCAAGUCAAAAAGUAUAGGUGGUAGGCAUGCGGCUGCACACGUACGUGGGCAGGAAAGUAACAGCAGAGAGCCGCAGGCCUGCAGGAGAGAAAGACACAGGUAAAACAGAAAUCCACACAGAGAAAAUUAUUUGUCAAGGUGCCUGAGACUUCCAUGUGCAAGAUGCCCGAUUCUCAAAGGCGCCAGCCACGCUGUGAGCAGUGUUUGCUCAGCACUUCUAGAAAGCAGGCUGCAUCUCUCCACGUGCUUAGAUGGGAAUAUAUUGGCUAGAAAGCCUGGCUUCAGUUUUCUGUCUGUUCAAGAAAGUCAAGGAUGUCUCAGGCAUACAGCGGGCUGUCGAAGUGCCUGUAGAAGUACCUCCCCACCGGUGAGAGCUGCCCCAAAGCACUCCUGAAAAUUCACUGCACUUUGAGACGGUGACCCUCGGCAUCGGCUGACUGUAGCUCCAAGCAGUAACUGAUGAACAAAUGAAACUGCGUGCAAAAAAUGUGGCUUAAAAUUGUGAUCUGAACUGUGCCCAUGGCACAUGCAGCGUUUGACAGCAUCAGCCAUGUGUUCGUGAUGCAGCACGCACCAUUUCGUCUGCAAAUGCCGCUUUCCCUUUCGGGUA